UGUUGUUGUGUCUGCUUCAAGCGCUUUCUUAUUCCUCUUCGUUCGGAAUAAGGUCUCUGUUAUGGCGAACACGGAGGAGCCUUCUCAGCAGCUUCUCGAUGCCAACUCAGAGGCUUUGUUGGAAAAGCAUUCCAAGACACUCAACAACUUUACGGCUUCCAACGAUCGAGUGUUCAUGUAUCUCAGUAAUUUGUCUGAUGAAGAGCGUGGCAUUGUGGACCGGUUAUGCCUCCUUAAGGGGUUAGGUGUAAGUUUCUGCAGGGAGCAGAGACUAUGUGUUUACAAAAUGAACACCGAAUUCUCAAAACAGUAUCAACCUCUCUUGUCAAGGAAAAGGAAGAACAGAGAGGAGCCAGAGUCGUGCGGGGAGGAAAAAGAAAUUAAUGAUGAAUUGAUUAAAAUCUGGAUUUCCCAAACAUUACAAAAUUUUUUGGCUUCAGAUGACGAAGUGUACGAUUUUGAAGCUAACUUGUCUCCUGAAGAAUGUGUUGCAGUGCAACAAUUAUCUCAGAAAAUGGGGUUUAGAGUUGAAAAUUCAGGGAGUGGGACCAAACUGCAAGUAUCUGUGCACAAAAUCAAAAAUAAGAUUAACACCACUACCAUAUUAGAAAACCUUCAUCGUUUCUCAUUUUCUGAAGAGUCCAAGCGGGUAUUAGGAGGUUUAUUAAUGCGUUAUCCACCCGGUGAUGAAGAAAUUUGGGGAGAUAUGAUUGGAGCUUAUAGUGACACUACUAACAGAAUGGAACAAAAGGAUGAUGAUUUUUUCAGUCAGCCUUGUAUGAGCAAAGUUGAAAUUACUAAGAAAUUGGAGGACCUUUCUGCCAGAAUGAAGAAUUCCUCUGCCUUGAAACUGAUCGCUAAGAAGAGAUCUAAGCUUCCAAUUACAUCCUUGAAGGAUGUUAUUCCAUCAACUGUUGAAUCUAACCAGGUAGUUAUCAUAUGUGGUGAGACUGGUUGUGGAAAGAGCACUCAGGUCCCACAAUAUAUUUUGGAUCACAUGUGGCACAAGGGUGAGGUCUGCAAAAUAGUUUGCACCCAGCCUCAAUGUAUCUCUGCAGCUUCAGUUUCUGAAAGAAUCUCCAGUGAGAGAGGAGAGACAGUUGGAAACACUGUUGGAUACAAGUUAUGGUUUGAAAAGAGAGGAGGAAGGCAAUCAUCAAUUGUUCUGUGUACUACUGGAGUUCUAUUGAAGGUGUUGGUUUCUACAGGUUCCCAUUUUCUGAAGACCCAGUCUGUGAAGGAUGACAUUUCUAGCAUUAGUCACAUAAUUAUGGAUGAAAUUAAUGAAAGGGACAGAUACUCAGACCUCAUGUUGGCAAUCCUCAGAGAGUUGCUCCCUUCAAAUCCCCACCUACAUCUGAUACUAAUGAGUGCUAGUGUUGAUGCUGCAAGAUUUUCUCAAUAUUUUGGUGCCUGCCCAAUUAUCCAUGUUCCAGGACUCACAUAUCCGGUCAAAACUCACUACUUGGAGGAUGUCCUUUCUAUUGUAAAAUCUAGAGCAUAUUCUUAUCAUGAUAAAUACCAAGAACUUAAUCAGGCAGAGAAGAUGUCUCUAGAUGAAGCAAUUGAUUUUGCUUGGUCUAAUGAUGAAUGGAGUUCAUUGUUAAAGCUUCUUUAUAUUAAAGCUACCCCAAAGGUCUUUGAUUAUCAGCAUUCAUUAACUGGCCUAAAUCCAUUAAUGGUGUUUGCUGGAAAAGGUAAAGUGGAUGAUAUGUGCAUGCUCUUAUAUUUAGGGGCAAACUGUCAUUUAAGGGCAAAAGAUGGAACAACUGCACUCGAGAUUGCUGAGAAGGAAAACCAGCAAGUAGCUGUUGAAUUGCUGAAGAAGCACAUGGACAAUGAUUUUUCCAACAAAGAAGGGAAAAAUUUCAUAGAUAAAUAUCUUGCAAUAGCCGACCCUAAAGUUGUCAAUGUUGUUCUGAUAGAGCAACUGAUAAAAAUAAUAUGUGUUGAUUCAAAAGAUGGAGACAUCAUUGUUUACCUUCCAGGUUUGGAUGAGAUAAUUAAAACACGUGAAAGAUUGCUUUCAUCCCGUUUUUUCAAUAGAAGAUCAAGGUUUUGUGUCAUAUCUCUGCAUUCAAAGGUUCUAGACACUGAUCUAAAGAGUUUUUAUAUGCCCCUACCCCAUGGAUGCCGCAAAAUUGUUCUCUCUACCAAUAUUGCUGAAAGUGCUGUCACCCUUGAUGAUAUACAGGUGAAGUUGCUUGAUCCAAGCUGCAAAAUAGAAGGGUUUCUGAACCGGACAUUAGAUCCUCCAGGAUUUAAGUCUAUACAAAAUGGUGUUAGAGUUCUUAAAGAGAUUGGGGCCUUGUCAGUUGAUGAACAGAUCACCAAGCUAGGGGAGAAGCUUGGCUCUCUUCCUGUUCAUCCAUCAACAAGCAAGAUGAUUCUUUUUGCCAUAUUGAUGAAUUGCCUUGAUCCAGCUUUAACUCUUGCUUGUGCAUCUGAGUGUACAGAUCUAUUUUUUCAUCCGAUUUUACCUGAUGAAAAGAAGAGAGCUGCAGCUGCCAGAUCUGAGCUUGCUUCUUUGUAUGGGGGAUGUGGUGACCAGUUGGCUAUAAUAGCAGCAUUUGAUUGCUGGCAUGUUGCAAAGAAAAUGGGUCUAGAAUCACGGUUUUGUUCUCAGUAUUUUGUUUCUUAUAAGAGUUUGAAAAGGUUAGCGACGAUGCGUGAUAAAUUAAUAGAAGAACUAUAUCGGCAUGGGCUUAUUCAUGGGCUUGUUUCAAGUUACCGCUCAAAUGCCCAUGAUCUGGGUAUACUUCAAGCUGUUUUGGUAGCAGGGAUGUAUCCAAUGGUUGGGAAAUUAUUUUCUCCUCACAGAAGUGGAAAUAAAUUUUUUGUUCAAACUAAAAGUGGUGAUACUGCUAGCCUGAAUAGUCAUUCCGUUAAUUCAUUGUUGUCAUGUCAGAAAAUUUUUGAUUGCUCAUUAGUUGCAUAUGAUGAGAUUACUAGCAGCGACAGGGGCAUGUGCAUAAGCAACUGUACUGUUGUUGGACUACUUCCAUUAUUUCUGCUUUCCAAAGACAUUGCAGUUGCUCCAGCAAAGGAUUGUACAGAGGGAGAUGAGUUUAUGUCUUCUCCUGAUAAUAUAGUUAGAGUAACCAUAGAUGGGUGGCUUAAUUUUGAGUCAACAGCAAUUGAUACUUCUCUGAUGAUCUACUUGAGGGAGCAAUUAUCCGCAGCUAUUUCAUACAAAGUGACACAUUCAACAGAUGAUGUUCUUCCUCCUGUUCUAAGGACUGCUGUGGAUGCCUUAGCUUGCAUUCUGUCUUGUCAUGGACUUUCUGGAAUACCACAGACCUCAGAUUUCGUUAAUACACUGACUACUACUACAAAUGCUACCAAUCCAAGUAACCAAACUAAUCAAAAUGCUCCAAUGGGUUUGGCAUGCUCAACCCCCACAAAGCAAACAGAUAAGACUCCAGAAGGGUUCUGUACAGCGCUUAAAAAUCUCAAUGAUGUGCCUUCUUCUGGAUCUAGCUUAUCCACAUCCUACGGUGCCAAAAAUCCAAGUGAUCCUACAUGUCAGAACACUGCAACAAGUGCAGCUUGCUCAGUCCAGUCAGCAGAUGAAAAAGAUGAUGUAACCAUGACUGAUUCGUCACCUUCUAAAGAUCCAAAUCCAGAAAUGCGGGGUGAUGCUUCAAAAGGGGCUUCCUAUCAGAAGAUAAAUAUUGCUGUUGGGUGGACCUUUCCUGAGGAAGGAUGGAUCAAGGCUAAUGUAGAUGGAUCCUACAGGCUUAAGCAACGUCAUUCUAGCUGUGCCGGAGCUUUUCGCGAUUCCACAGGUUCAUGGUGCUUUGGCUUCGCACUUAAUCUUGGACCCUUGUUCUGCAGAGGAAAGGAUUCAGAGAGGUUUUCUAUUCAGUUUAUCAUCUUCUCUGAGCUGUGGGGUAUCUUCACUGCCCUCAAGCUUGCUAAGGAUAAGGGCAUUUCGAAGCUGGUGAUCGAGUCUGAUUGUCAUUCAGCAGUGGAUGCUAUUUUUGAUGAAAAGGCCAAGGGUGGUUAUUUUUCUCCCCUUAUAGAGUCCAUAAUUGAGUUGAUGGACGGAAAUUGGAUGGUUCGAAUUUCCAAAUGUUAUCGCGAAGGAAACGUAGUUGCUGACUGGUUGACUCACUAUGCGUAUAGUCUUGAUAUCGGUCUUCAUGUGCUCGAUGUCCCUCCUAGCGGUUGUGACAAACUCGUAGCUGCGGACUCUGCUGGAGUUUAUCAACUCCGUUCUGUACGUGCCACCCCGAAUGUGAAAGCCUGAUACUCACCAACCAUUUAUAGAAUGGUCAAUAUUAGUUUCAAGCAAAAUCAAUCAUGACAAUUCAUGAUAGUAUUAAACUAAUUCUUCUCACACUCUAGGUUGUCCCUUGUAUAAUAUUUUCAUAUUGACCGGAAAAUUUUGCUAGGAAAUUUGCUAACUUAGAAGAUUAGCCUUUCUUGUGGCCAACACAGAAAUGAGGUCUGUGGCUUUCUCACAUGAAGAGAGGGAGACACAAAAACCAGGAGGACCCUAUUGGUUCGUGGGGGCUACAAAAAUUUUAAGGUUUAGGGUCCUAGGUGUCCUCUCUCUCUCUCUCCUAAUAUUAUGUGAAAACUCAGUAUUCAUUGCCAGCAAAUACCCUUUUUCUAUAUCUGCAAAAUUUAUUUCCCAUCUUUUGCUUUGAUUAAUUAAUUAUGAGGGUCCUUAUGAUCAAUCAAUGGAUGGCGAACCAUCAUAAUCUUGCAAA